UUAUAACAUAUAUUGUAAUAGUUCAUAUGUAUUUUUUAUAUGGUUAAAUUAAUUUUAAAAAUAUUUUAACAACGAUAACAGAAUACAAAAUUCGGUUCAAAAGCAUCUUUCAAUAUUACAGCAUAGGCAAGAUAUUAUCUUUUAAAAAUAUUUAUGGUUCAUUCAUGACAUUUUUCACUUAUUUUAAUUUAAAGUAUCCGUACUUUAAUCGUUUUUAAUCAUCUGACGUCAACCAGUUCAGACCAAAAGAAAAUAUUUGGAAAAGAUCAGUAAUGAAUGUUCACCUAAAUCAAAAUAUAUGAAGCCAGCGAUGAAGCGACCUCUUAUACAACUACCUACCUAUAAUAGCUGCAUGUUGUAAUCAUAGGUCACCAUCAAAUACGUGGUUACAGAUAUAGCUGGAGUCUUCAACUAGCAACAUCAUAAUAUCUAUUAUCUUGGAAUUGCGUUUGGCUGUGUCACACACUCACACAUUUAAAAAUAUGACGACAACCACGGCAUCUAAAUUGUAAAGCAUCCACACGAGGAGUUGAAAUAUUUGGAAAUGAUGACGGAGAAAAGCGAAGCGAUUUCCGCCGCAACAUCGUCCACUGAUUCGAAGACAGUCGUCGUCGUGACCGCCCAUCAGCAACAGGUGCAUCACGGUCGGCAAUCCGUCAACCGGCCACCAACGUCGGCGCUCAUCGGRCAACAUCACCAUCAACACCACCACCACCACCAGCCGCCGCUGUCGCCGUCGCACCACCAGCCCGUGCAGCCACCAUUGAACCUCAACCGGUCUGGUAGCAGCCUGUCCGUGACCGAUUACCGUGAACCGGCGAUCACGCCGACGGUAAUCGCGUUGGAGUCUGUCGGUGGUGGCGGACGGCGGGUGGCCACAAAUGGAAGCGUUUCCAACGUGAUAUGCGGUGGUGGGCCGAACCAUCCAACGCACGCGGCCGUCUGGCACCCGCGACCCAUUUACCCGUUUCCGUUGCCACUGACCAACGCCACUGCGCUGUGGCACCACGCUCAGCCUCAUUUCCCCACUCCAAGUGUCACCUUCCCACCGUUCAUCGAGAACGAGUGGUCCAGACACUGUCGGUUGCCAAUAUUCAACCAGGAACUGCGACCGGAACCGGUGAACUUGCAGAACAACCACCACCACCACCGUCGGACAGAACCUGGCCGGGCGCUGGAUAUCGCGGGGAGACUGCAGCAGGAGCGCGCGGCACACAACCGACCUGCGCUCGUGAUCCCGCCAGCACACGACGACCGAGAACAGACCAGACACCAUGCUUAGCCCAAACGAGUAUUUAGUCUUGGACAUUAAAAUAAUAUCAUUAUUUAGCUCCACUCUGCGACAACAUCGUCACCGGCCUGUUUAUAAAGAUACAUAAUCGUUUACGACAACAAUAAUAAUAAUAAUAAUCAUCUCCAUGGCGGUAGUAAUAAAACGCGAUGGGUAUAUAAUUUUUAUGUGAUUGCGAAUGUGUGAAAAAAGUAGACGCAAUCGUCCGAUUUUUCAAAAUAUAGUAUGUAAAAAAAAAAAGUUGAUGUUAAUAAUAAUAUUGUCACUAAUUUAUAUUUUUUAUUUAUUAUCGUCGUCGUCGUCGGUGAUCGUUAGCUUACGUGGUCAGAAACUUAAAAAUUGUUGUACCUAUACAUUAUUAAACCACCCCUCCCCCUUCACRACAUUUAUAUUGUUGUAUUAUACACACUACUGUUACCGGCACGUCGUAUAGAGUUAGAUUUAAUAAUAAUAAUGAUAUAAUAAUAACAAUAAUAACGUAGUUUAAAAUAUAAUAUAAGUGURCGAAAAUACUUAUCCGAUCGGACGUGUGUUGUAUUGUACCUAAUAUUGUAUAAAAUUAAAUUAAAAUAUGUUCAUACGAAAAAAAAAUCGAACAUAUAACGUGCGAUAAUUCAAACAGCGAUUUCGAAGUUCACGUUCUGGUCAUUUCCGACACAUACAAAAUGUACGAUUUAAAAAGGUACAACCUUUUAUUGCCAAUUAUAAUAUAUAUUAUAAUAGAUUUUUUUUAUCACGUCGCAUAUUUACCGACGUGACUGCAUUGUAAUAUUAUUAUAAUAUACGACCAAAAAUGCCCCUCUUAUUUUCUUUAUCAUUCUAAAUUGGGUUGUUAAAUACCGCUGGACGACAUUUAARUACCAGAUAUUGGUUCACCUACAUACAAUAAUUGAAUUAUGUGGGACCUAACCACUUUAUACUCCGUGUACUUUAAUAGCGCGUGCGACUUACAAAAUAAUAUCACACCUACGUUUAAUAUCAAAAUAUUAUAAUAUUAUUGCCACCUUUAGAUUGAUAUUAAAUACCAUCAUAUUAUGCAUAUUAUUAUUAUAUUACAACAGUCAACAUGACCGGUGAAACUCAAGGGGGAGUGUAAAUCAAUGUGAAUUUAGCUUAUCAUGUGUCAUGUUUAUUAUUAUUUCGUUAUACCUAGUUAUUAUUUAAAGUUUAAACUGAAUAUUUUGCAAUGUUAUUAUA